AUGACAAUUGUGGAAAUCCUCACCGCGAAGCCUGACAAGCGUGACGAUAACGACGUGAUUGUUGUCAAGAAGUAUGCGCCGUAUAAGCGCGCGAGGUGCUUUGAAACACCCAUCGCCAGCCCCCUUGUUUCUCCAGGCCGCUACAUCGACCAGCGGCAGUACUCCCAGCCUAAGAACCUACCUAAUGACCUGUACUCCUUGAUGGCUCCCAGGUAA